AUGAGGGGGCUUUACACCUGCGAGAGAGUUUGCUGGGUUUUCCUUUCCUCAGAGUGUUUUGCGGAAAUUUUGAAGGACUUGGCCCGACGAAGUCUUCCCGGGGGCUCUGCUAGGCGUGCAGACCGGCCGACUUUGCCGCAAAAGGUACCUUCUCCUGCGACCCGAGAGGCACAUCUGGGUGCGGGGCACUGCGGGAACCGAGCCCGGCAGCGAUGCCGGUCGGGGGGAGAACUGCGAGCGGUAACAGAAGCUGAAUUUGUGAAGAGAUCAGUCCUGCGACCCGAGAGGCACAUCUGGGUGCGGGGCACUGCGGGAACCGAGCCCGGCAGCGAUGCCGGUCGGGGGGAGAACUGCGAGCGCUACUCUGCUGCUGGUGAGGGCAGUCUUUGCUCCCUGACUUUUGGAGACCCUUUGCUGUCAAGCAAAACGACCGUGGAAAUCCGUGGGAGUUUUGUUCAGGAUGAGCUGGAUGAACUUCGGGCUGAAAUGGAAGAGAUGCGUGACAGCUAUUUAGAGGAAGAUGUUUACCAGCUGCAGGAGCUCCGGCGAGAGCUGGACCGGGCAAACAAGAAUUGCCGCAUUCUGCAAUAUCGUCUCAGGAAAGCGGAACAAAAAAGCUUGAAAGUUGCACAAACAGGCCAUGUGGAUGGAGAGCUCAUUAGGAGCCUGGAACAAGAUUUAAAGGUAGCCAAAGAUGUUUCUGUCAGACUGCACCAUGAGCUGGAGAGCGUGGAGGAGAAACGUGUUAAAGCAGAAGAUGAAAAUGAAAUCCUUCGGCAGCAAAUUAUUGAGGUGGAGGUAUCCAAGCAGACACUGCAAAAUGAGCUGGACAAGUUGAAAGAGCUGAAGGAGCCCAAGAUUUGGGAUUACGAUGAGCAAGAGGACAGUGCUGAUUUGAAGUGCCAGCUCCAGUUUGCCAAAGAGGAGGCAGUGCUGAUGCGUAAGAAGAUGGCCAAACUGGGGAGGGAGAAGGAUGAACUGGAGCAGGAGCUUCAGAAGUACAAGUCCAUCUACGGAGACGUGGACAGUCCUCUGCCUACCGGGGAGGCGGGGGGCCCACCCAGCACCAGGGAGGCAAAGCUGAAGCUUCGUUUGAAGCUGGUGGAGGAGGAAGCCAACAUACUGGAAAGAGUGCGCCGGCACCUGCAGUUUGUGGAAGAGGAAGCAGAACUGCUGAGGCGGUCGAUUUCUGAAAUUGAGGAUCACAACAAGCAGCUAACAAACGAGCUGAACAAAUUCAAGUUCGAGCCAGGCCAGGAGCCAGGCUGGUUGGAUGAUGCGGCGUCCAAGUGUGGUGGCACCUUGCAGGAGGAGCUGAAGUCAGCCAGGUUGCAAAUCAAUGAGCUGAGUGGGAAAGUGAUGAAGCUCCAGUAUGAGAACCGGGUCCUGAUGUCCAACGUGCAGCGUUAUGAUCUUGCCUCUCACCUGGGCCUGCGCACUUCCAGCCCCAGGGACAGCGAUGCCGACAGUGAUGCCGGGAAGAAGGAGAGUGACAGCGAAGAGGGUCGCCUACCCCAGCCAAAGAGAGAGGGGCCCAUCGGGGGUGAGAGCGACUCUGAAGAAGUUUAUGAGAAAACAUCAGGUUUUGGGAGCGGGAAGCCGUCAGAAGUCAGCGACCUGUGCUCCACCGAGCUCCUGAGAGUGAAAGAGGACACCGAGUCUUUAAUUAGCAUCAAACGCGAGGCUGAGCGGCUCGAAAGGACCGUGGACCGCCUUAUCACUGAUACGGACAGCUUGAUUUAUGAUGCGAAGGUGCACGUAACCAGCAGUCCAUCCACCGAGCAGGAUUUCAAAAAUGGUGAGGAAAGGGGAGAAGAUAAGCGUGAACCGGAGCUUCUGGACACCAUCAACUCCAGGAUGAAAGCUUUCCGGAAGGAGCUGCAGACCUUCCUGGAGAAGGUUGAUCACAUUGGGGAGGGCCUUAAGGAGCAGAUGGAGGACCUCUCCCCUCUUCCCCAUCUCACAGAGUCUUCCAGUUUUCUAUCCACGAUGACAUCUAUGUCUCGAGACUCUCCCAUUGGUAACCUGGGGAAGGAGUUAAUCACCGACUUCCAGUCCAAACUGAGGGAUCAGAUGGAGUGGCAGCUCAAACAAGAUCGUGGAGAGGAGCAAGAGAUUCACCACCAACGAGCCACCACCGACCCACACCGCAGAGCUGAUGGAGACAUUAAACUCUACAGGCCAGGAGACAAGGGCUGUUUCAGUCUAGAGAAUGUAUCGAUACAGGAGCUUCAGGCUCAGCUUGAGCAGGAGACGAGACUUCACCGAGAGGAGCAAGAAAAGUUUACAGAAAGGAUCAUCCAGCUGGAGGAGGAGCAUAUGCAGACCCUGCGGAGGAAAGACUUGGAAGUGCAGAGCUUGACUUUGCAGAAUAAACUGGAAGAGAAGACCUGGAGCCAGGAGAAAAGUCUGCUACAGCAAGAACUCAGGCAUUUCAAGCAGGACACCUUUCUCCUGUACGUCAAACUGAAGUGGCUGCUGAAACAUUGGCGGCAAGGCAAGCGAAUGGAGGAGGAAGGGGAGGACAUAUUAGAGAUCGAGCACCCUGAGGCCCUCCCAGACUUUGGCAUUCAGUCUGAGCAGAAGGCGGACGAUGCAGAGCGAGAGGAGGAAGAAGAGGAUGUUGUGUUUGCACUGACAGAUUUCUCCCAGCGUCCCACCACGGAGAGCACUCAUCAUGGACCACAGCUGCAGACUGCAGAAUUACUGCAGCAGCAGAAGCAGGCAAGUGAAAAUCGGAAGCUCCUGAACGCUCUGAAGGGUUUGUUGGAUGACUUCCGCUCGGAGCUGCGGGAUGAGGAGCGUGAGCGGCAGGGUCUCCAGCAGCAGUACGCCCUGCACAAGGCAGCCUGGGAGGUGGAAAUGACUGAACUGAAGUGCCACCUCGAACAGCUCGAAGGGAAGAGUGAGAACAACUCAGGAGAAACAGGCCUUGCUUUUCUGGCUGAGAGCCAUGGUGUGGUGAUGGACCUCCGCUGGCAAAUCCAGCACAGUGAGAAGAACUGGAACCGGGAAAAGGUGGAGCUCCUGGACAGGCUUGACAGAGACCGGCGAGAAUGGGAACGUCAAAAGAAGGAGCUGCUCAGGCGGAUAGAGCAGCUUCAGAAAGAAGUAAUCCCGCGAAGAGGAGGUGGUUUUCUGUGUGACCAGAAGGAGAGUAGCCUUCGUCCAUUUACGACCCAGGGGAACCUUCACGUGCCGCGUCCCAUGGGGUCAAGAUCCUACUCUGAUUCGGAUGCCAUUCAGUUUGACGAUCGGUCACUGUCCAAGCUGAAGGAGAGCGAUCGGUGCAGCGCCACAGAAAACCUCUUUCUGGAGUCGCUGUCUCUUGAUUCCCCCGACGAGCCUGAUGAGCACCGGUCUCGGCAGCUGGAGCGGGAGAAAUUCCUGACCGGAUUAACAGAAGAGGAAGAAACACACAAAGGAAAUCUUCAAAGGGCGAUGUCCGUUUCUUCCAUGUCAGAAUUUCAGCGCCUGAUGGAUAUUUCUCCAUUUCUACCAGAAAAAAAUUUGCCUUCAUCCAGCAGCAAAGACGACAUAACCCCUCCCCUGUCUCCUGAUGAUCUGAAAUACAUCGAGGAGUUCAACAAAAAUUGGGAUUACAGUAACACUAGGAACCACGGUGGGGCUGCCGAGAAGCCUGCAGAAGGCUGGGCAGAAAGGACAGAAAUUGGGAAAGCCGGGAAUGAUCCUGCUUCAGAUCCCUUCCAGGCAUCGUCAUGGUAUCUCACCACCAGUGUCACUAUGACAACUAACACCAUGACCAGCCCAGAGCACUGCCAGAAGCAGCCAACGAGGAGUCAUGGUGCAACUGAAAAAAUGGGAGUUCGGGUCUUUCACAGCCCACCGGUUGUCCGUAGGUUUGAUAACCCGGUGAUAGCUGGCAGCGAAGGGAAAAACCAGGUUGAGACGGAUUUCCUGUUUUCUGUGACCAAAGCUAUGGGGAAUGUUGCUGAGACAAAAGGUGCUUCCUCGGAUAUGUUUGGAAGAUGGUCUUGUGACCUGGCCAAACAUCACAAGGAUUUUCUGGAGAGUGGUCUUCGUCCCAUUGAACGUCCUAUUUGCACUACUGUGGGCUUUGCCUCACCCUUGCAUAGCUUGGAGAUGUCCAAAAACAUGAGUGAUGAUAUGAAGGAGGUCGCUUUCUCUGUCCGAAACGCAAUACGCUCUAAUUCAGCAGAACCUCAGUUUAAGGACACUGCAUGUCAAACCAAUGGUACGAGAACGACAGGGACGCAGACCACCCAGACAAUCAGUGUUGGCUUGCAGACAGAAACCCUGCGCAGUAUCACCAGCAGUCCACACAAGUGUCUGACACCAAAGGGGGGGUCCACGCCUGUCUCUUCACCAUCCAGAAGCCUAAGAAGCAGGCAAGUGACCCCCGUCAUUGAAAAGGUCCAGGCUAAGUUUGAACGCACAUGCUGCUCCCCCAAAUAUGGUUCUCCAAAGUUGCAAAGAAAAAUCCUUCCCAAAUCAGACCAGCCAAACAACCGGACUUUGCCCGGCACACCUCAGAAAGGAUUCAGUGAGUCCGCUUGGGCUAGAUCAACUACUACAAGGGAGAGUCCUGUCCACACCACCAUCAACGAUGGCCUCUCCAGUUUGUUCAACAUUAUUGAUCAUAGCCCCAUCUUUCAUGAAACCUUCCAAAAAUGCCCCAGGUCUAGCAGCCGGUCCAGGUCAGCAGAACCCAGACCAGAACUGGGCCCAGUGCAGGAGCCAUGUACAACUGCCCGUGGCAGAUCACCCAGUCCUCUCCGGUUGGGGACAGAGACGCAAAAGGAAGAUGGGGCUGAGGUGACAAGUAUCCGGCAGGACUUAUCUGCUCCUCCAGGUUACACACUUGCAGAAAAUGCUGCCAGGAUCUUGAAUAAGAAACUUUUGGAGCAUGCCUUAAAGGAAGACAGAAGGCUACCUUCACACAACCCACCAAAUCUUAGCAAUGACAACAGCACAGGAGAAAUUGUCAAAGUAGAUCCAGGGUCCAUAGAGGAACUGCCUUGUUCUGCACUAGCCCCAUCCCUCCAACCCUGCUUCUCCCGGCCAGAGAGACCAGCGAACCGGCGCCCACCGUCCCGAUGGGCUUCACAUUCCCCUACUGCCUCACAGCCGCAGUCCAGCGGAGACCCGACUUCCUCGGAGGAGAGCGGGAGCAAGGAGCCGCUGGCAGAGACCCCCAGCCAGGGAGGAUUUCCUCUGCUGAGGCUUUCUGGGGCUCGUUUGUUAAAGAGCACCAUCUGGGAUCCCUUAGAAGCCUUCCUGGCUAGCUCUGCCAAGCGAUAA